AAUAUAGAAAAGAAUCUCCAUGAAAUUUCAAAGCUUCACACACUAUCAUUUCGAGACGCUCAAAACUUUCAGCCCUAGACCCUCCAAUAUAUAUAUGUAUGUAUGUAUACAUACAUACAUAUAUAUAUAUGUAUACCACAGCAUUCAGAUACACUCCAUCAUCGAACAGGAGAGAGAACGAGAGAGAGAGAGAUGGGGAACAUCAUUACGCGCAGAAGCAAGAAGGCGAAGGUGAUGAAGAUCGACGGCGAGACUUUCCAGCUAAAAACUCCGGCGACGGCGAGCGACGUCACUAAGGAAUAUCCCGGAUUCAUGCUAUUAGAUUCCGACGACGUCAAAAACUUCGGCGUUCGCGCCGAUCCGCUCGACCCGAAUCAGAUCUUAAAGCCGAAGAAGACGUAUUUUCUGGUGGACCUCCCGAAGCUUCCGCCGGAGAGGGCGGCGGCGAAGGCGGCGGAGGAGAGCAGCAAGUUUCUGUACCGGCGAGUGAUGUCCGGCAUCCAUAUCGGCGCGAAGGAGCGGUUGGAGCUGAUGAUGCUCUCCCGGCGAACGGUCUCCGACGUGACGAUCGCCAGAUCUGGCUUCGGAGAUGGACCAGAGCCGGAGCCGGAGACGACGAGGGUGAAGCUGAGGCUGCCGAGGGCUCAGGUGACGAAGCUCGUGGAAGAGAGCCGCGACGCUUCGGAGAUGGCGGAGAGGAUUGUCGGCCUCUACGUUGGAAAUUCCGGCGACAUUCACGGCGGUUGCGACGGUAAUUUCCGCCGGAAACUCGGGAUCGGAGAGAAAAAGGGGAAUUCAAAUCCGAAGGCCCAUAAGAAACGUGUUAGUUUUGCGGUGGACGAAGGAAGAGAAAUUGCCGUCAGAUAGAGAGCCAAGAACGCUAAAAAUUAUUUAAUCAUAUUAGACCAGAAGUUUUCUUUCAUUUUUUUUCCUUAUAUAUAUAUAUAUAUUAUUUAUGUAUUUUGGUUCGCAUUUCCGUGUUUAAGUCUGUCCCAUGAACCCGAACAGUUCUCUCCAGAUUUUACUUGUGGAUCUGUAAAUAAAACAUGUGAUAUGAAUAUAUGAUUUUGAAAGUAA